UUUUCUUAGUUGACAAAAACGUUGUAUAUAAAGCCCCGGUCAGCACUUGUUGAUAUCAAUCACUAACUGACAUUGAUAUUAAUAUAUCGAACAAAGAAAAAACAAAACAAAAUGUUCGCCAAAGUAAUUGCCUUCGGAACGCUCUUGGCAGCUGCCAACGCUGGUCUGUAUGGCCACGGCCACGCUGUCUCCUCUCAAAGCAUCGUUCGUCACGACGAGGGCCACUACGCUGCCCCAGUGGCGUAUGCUGCCCCAUUGGCAUAUGCUGCCCCAUUGACCUACGCUGCCCCCGCAUACGGAGGUCACUAUGACGGCCACGACGUAUACGCCCACCCUAAAUACGACUUCGCGUACUCAGUAGCCGACCCCCACACCGGCGACCACAAGUCACAGCACGAGAGCCGCGACGGUGACGCCGUGCACGGCUACUACUCGCUGGUGCAGCCCGACGGCUCCGUGCGCAAGGUCGAGUACACCGCUGAUGACCACAACGGUUUCAACGCGGUCGUACACAACUCUGCCCCGUCCGUCCACCCCCAGGCUGCUUACAACCAUUACUAAUUAGUUAAGACUCUAAUUUAUUUGUGAUAAUAAUGUUAAAAUGCCAACAUCUGUAAAUAUAUUUAAGUAAAUAAACCUUCAUAC